GCAUUCCCGGAUGCCCAUGAAAAGUAUCCAAAACUGUCAAAGAGAUUACCAUCCAUUGUGGUAGAGCCAUCUGAGAUGGGGGAUGUUGAAAGUGGAGAGCUUCGUUGGCCUCCAGAGGAUCUGAAAUCAAUGGAAGACAAGAAGGCUCUCACUGCUCAGAGAUCCUAUGCUCAGCAACACCAGAUGGAUCUUGAAAGUGCUUCACCACACCAAGACAUAGGAGAUAGUACAAAAUCCAGUGGAAGCAGAACUGAGGAUGACUAAGGAACUUCAUUCAACAAACUGAAGCUGUGGUGGGACCCUAAUUGGAAAGCUGGCACAUUCCGAAGGCUUGUCAACAUGCUCUAUUUUAAAACCAUAGAAGGUUUUAAUUUUAGUUCUAUUAUUAGGUUAGUACAUGGCAAGAAAUUUAGGGGCUUUAGAACUGCUUCUUUUCAGGCUGGGAUUCAUAUCAUUUCAAUUUCCUUUGAGGAAAAGCGGAGCACAUUAGGUAGUUCUUCCUGGUUCCUUUUAUUAAUGCCAUAAAAGGAAAAAUAGAAGCAAAACUAUUCAUAUCAAACACCAAAAAAAAAAUGAAAUCAGUUGCAAUGAGCACUUAUAAGUGAAAUUGUCUCUUAAAGAUAAAAGAGCUAUCUGAUAUUGAUACCAAGACACAGGGUUUGUUUGCCAUAGAAUAUAUUAAAUCAAUUAAACCUCUUUUGUUUUAGCCAUUUAAAACUAGCACUGUGAUAUUAUGGAUAAUAGAUGUAAUAUAAUGUCACCUUCUAACUUUGUACCUUUUUUGUAUAGAAAUGCAAGUUUCACUUUUAAAUCUGGAUUAAAUGGAGAAUUUAGGACUGCCUUUUUGUGAUGCACAGCAGAGAUCUUUACUUAUCCCUUAUCUCUUUUUCUGUGCAAAUUCAAGUGAACCAGCCUUUUAUUAACACUGCAUUUGAAAGAAAAUGAGUUAACAUUUAAGGCUUUACAUUUUGUGUACAUUUUGAAUGGAAAUAGCUGUUCGUUAUUGUUUGUGAACCGAGUUAGUUUUGUGUAACUUCAGCAGCCUUUUCUAUUGUUUGCACAAACAAUUUGUGACCCAAAUGCUAACCUGGUUUAACUGAGCCUGUUUUGGAAGGGAAAAAGAGAACACUGCUUAUUUCAUCGCUAUUUUAGGCAAUUUCCAAUGCAUUUGUAUAUAGACUCUGCUGAAAUUUUUAUCUAUCAUUUGGGAUCAAAGACUAGACAGAAAUGCCCAGGACAGACAUAAGAUGCAUUUUCUAUGUAAUUAAUGAUGCCAUUCAGACCAUCUGCUUUAUUUGGAUUAUUUAAUCUAUUGUAGGCUUUUGCACAGGGAGAGUCUUAAGUGGAAACCCACAGUAGCAGUAGCUAGGAUAAAACUGAUAUAGCAGUUAUUCCCAAGAGCAUUUUUCAAUGCUUUAACUUCGAUGUGAUCACCAAAAUACAGUCUCCAGAAUUGGAUAGAAGUCAUGACAAAGUGAUAUGAUAAAGCGAAGUGAUAUUUGUAUGGUGUUAAUUUCAAGAUUAGCUCAACUUGACUUGAUUCUUGCAUUUUGAUGUCUUAAGGCAAGUUUUCACUAUUUUAGCACAAAGAAAGUUUUCUUUUUGUUAAGUAAUUACAUUGAAAUAAAGCUCUCCAGGGAGAUGAGAAACUGAAGAACAUUUUUAUGUGUAUAUGGUAGUAAUCAAAGAUCAACCUAUUAAAACAAUGUUGGGAUGGGUGGGAAUAAUAAAUUUUCACUUGUGACGUAUAUAAAUAAUAAUAAUCAUGAGCAUCUGCCUUAAUGUGUUUGUACACCAGCUAAGGAGAUUUGUAAAAGUAUUCAUUUUUUUUAAAAAAAUGUUUUCUUAAUAUUGGGGUCCAUGCUUUAUUUUAAAAGUGCCUACCAAUCUUAGAUUAACAGAUUGAAAUCUGUGUGGGCAUAAAAAGUUCUAAUAAUUUCCCAAAUUCUAUUUGUACUUUACUUUCAAACAAGAUUUGUUAUUUAUUGGAACUAGCAGCUAUUCAUAUGCCAUGCUUAACAUUAGAAAAAAGCUAAAAAUCCUGAGGUAGAGAAAAAAGUUCUCCAUAACAAAAUUACAUGGAUACCUAUAGGAAGGGAAUCAAAAAAUUCAAGAUGGGAUCCAGAAACAUGGAAUUGAAGUGUCACCUGUGAGACACACAAAAAAGAAGCAGGCUUUCAUUGCAAGAUUGUGACAUUUUUAUUUAUUUUAAUUAUUUAUUGGCCAAAUGUAUACGACUGCCUAUCUCAGAAGUGACUCUGACACACAACAGUCAAAUAAAACAAUGAUAUAAAAGUAUAAUAAUAAAACUAACAACCAUUAUUAAAUUAAAAUAUGAUUAAAAAUUAAAAUACGCAAGCCACAAAGUAGAGAGUCCAAAUAUAAACCACAAUAGGGGAACAAUCUUAGAAUGUCACUAGUUUACUGGGACCCCAUACCUUGGUGACACAACUUCUGGAAUAUCAACAUGAUGGAAAACAUGCAAAGCAGAUGCUAUACAUUUUUUUUCUGUAGAUAUGGAAUCUUUGUUGAUGAUUCCCCUCACCGAAAUCCUCCCCUCUCCUCUAUGUUGCUGCAAUCAGUACUAUAUGAUUCCAAAGAGCUUCACUCAUAAAUACUAGGUAGUGAUUGAAGGAGUAGAGCAUGUAUGCUUGUAUGGUGUCUUUGUGUGGGUGUGAAUCACAUUAGUAAAAGAAGGAGCUUUUUAUACAAAAUUAAAGAUUGGUCUAGAAAUAUGUGUGUGUGGGAAAUUACAGAGAUGACCUCAGAGAAGGAAUGUGGCAUUUAGCAAAACAUGAAUUUAAUCCCUGAAAGGAAUAAAAUAUUAGAAAGAAACUUAAACUAAUUCUGCCUUAACUCUCUUUAGUAUAAGAAAGGAAGGGAAAAACAACUUUGGGCCUUCAGGAUUGAUAGGUCAGGUCAGGAAACAGAUACCACAAGAAAUACUAGUACACUACUUGACUGGCAUAGACUAUGGUAGCCAAAUCUUGAAAGUGUCUUCCUUUUCUGGGCUUUAUUCAUGUUAACUAAUUGAAGUGUUCCUUCUCCAAGAUCAUCUCUACAACUCUCUCCAGUGUAACAGGAAAGAUUUUAUAGUAGUCUGUUCUUUAGAGAGAUAAAGUAGCCUUCUGCUAAGUUAAAACUUGUGAAAUUUUAUAAGAGGAGCUCUAUGUUUAUGGAGUAAAACUGAAGCUUUAUCUUCAGUUACUCUUCUCCACUUAUUCACUCAACCUACUUCUUCUAUCUGUCCCCACUUACAGUGCUUGAAAAAUAAAAAUGAAAACAGAUACAUAUUCUCCCUCAUUCCACAAAACUGUCCUAAAUGUACAUCUAUUGUUUUUUUAAGAAAAAGAGAAUUUAAAUUUGAUUGUAAACUUCCACUGUUAUGAUUGCUCUUCAAAUCAUAUACCAGUGUCACUUC